ACUUGGAUUUUAUUGAUUAAAGUACAUAUAGAUGGAAACAUGUUAGUUUUUUAAUGCGUAUUUCUCUAUAGAAGCAGCAUCCUGAUUUGUAUGCUUUUAUUGUGAAAGUUCGGACCAGGUGCUGAUGUUUUCAGCAUCUAUCCCACCGCGGAUCUUCGCAGCCUACGUGCAAGAGGACAUGAGCAGCUUCUGGUAAAAGAGGAAGGCUCCGAGUCCAUUCAAAACCGGGACAGACUCCCGUCGGAGGAGGCGAUGAAGCUCCUGGGAUUGGGAAGCGUGCUCCUGGCGCUCCUCAUCCCAGGCCUGGCGCGGGCUCAGUAUGAGAAGUACAGCUUCCGAAGUUUCCCGCAGAAGGACAUCGUUCCUCUGGAGACCGCGUACAGCUACGCUCUGGAGCAGUACGCGGCGCAGAACUGGGCGGAGAGCGUCAAGUACCUGGAGCUCAGCUUGCGGCUCCACCGGCUGCUGCGGGACAGCGAGGCGUUCUGUAGCCGCAACUGCAGCUCCGUCAGCCGGGAGAACGUCACCGUCUUCCCGGCGGACGUCACCCUCCGCGUGGCUCGGCACGUCCUGCUGAGAGCCGCGUGCCUCAAACGCUGCAAAGAAGAGUUCCCCGUUUUUAAACUGAAGUACCCGCGGAGGGAUUUACUGCAAGCCUUUGAAGAAAGAAUACCUUAUCGGUACAUUCAGUUUGCGCACUAUCAGCUGAACAACGUGGAGAAAGCGAUCGCAGCAGCUCACACCUUCCUGAAGAAGAACCCGAAGGAUCCGUCUCUGACCAAGAACAUGAACUACUACAAGUCUCUGUUUGACGUGGAGGAAUAUCUCGUCGACUCCGAGGAGCAGCCGUAUGAGAGCGUUUUCCUCAAGAGCGUGAUGCUCUACAACAACGGAGACUACAGCAGCAGCGCCAGGAACAUGGAGCAGGCCAUCACGCAGUACUUUGACAGCUACAGCACGUGCCUGGCGGGCUGCGACAGCUCCUACGAGAUCAUAGAGUUUAAAGACUUCUACCCCACGCUGGCAGAUCUUUUCCUGGAUGUACUGAAAUGCAAAGUGAAGUGUGAGGAGAAGCUGACGCCCAACGUUGGAGGUUUCUUCGUGGAGAAAUUUGCCGCCACGAUGUACCACUACCUCCAGUUUUCCUAUUACAAAUUAAAUGAUGUCAAAAACGCGGCUCCGUGCGCCGCCAGCUACAUGCUCUUUGACCCCGGCGAUCAGGUGAUGCAGCAAAACGUGGCGUACUACCGCUUCUACCGCGAGCAGUGGGGCCUCAAAGACCAGGACUUCCAGCCUCGGCCUGAGGCUCAGGAGUAUUUUAACCAGACUGUCAAACUGAAGGAGAUGCUGGAUUUUGCACUGAACUACCUACAAACAGACGAUGAGGACGUGGUCAGCCCAGAAGACGUGGUGUCCACCAGCUCGGAACGCCUGGACGCUGAGUUUGAGGGGAUGGGAGAUUACGAGGAGUCUUUCCUGGCCGACUGGUGGCAGGAGCCCAACAGUAAGUUCGACACAGGGGAGAUUGCCGACUGACA